AUGAGUUUCAUAUUUGUUUUCUUAUUGUUUUAUCUUGCUAAUGCGGACUUCGAUCUAUUGAACGACGUUGGGCUACAGAGGGUGAGGCGGUACGGUGAGUAUUGAAGUACAAAAACAACUGUUUUUUAGUCUGAUUUGAAAAGAGUGUUGUCAGUAAUAUCCACGUUUCAUUAAUUUUUUUAAAAUUUUUCAGUGUUGGCUAGAAAAAAGUGGGAUUACGACGUGUUGACGUGGAAAUUAAAUUCCGACAACAUAGCAGAAAGCGACAAAUUUAUCAUAAGGUAAUAUUAACGAGAGCUUAUAAAAAUACGAUUGGUUUUCCUUUAAUCAUUUUUUUUUAAUUUCAAAUUACGAACAAACAAAAAGUUAACACGAUCGUAGAAGAUUACGUAUUUUACAAAAAACUAAAUUUUUUAAAAAUUGUAAAAUAAAAAGUUUACAGGAUGACAUUACACCGUGCUUUCUCGACGUGGUCAUCUGUAUCUUCGUUAAAAUUUCUAGAAAUCUCAUCUGACCAAAGUGCUGUCGCCGAUCUUAGUAUUUCAUUUUUAAGAGGACGGCACGGCGACGAACUGCCUUUUGAUGGUCCUGGUACGUUAAGAAAUUGAAGCAACUAUUAGUAACUACACCUGCUCAAAUUUAGAUCUGGAUUUUAUUUGUUAUAUUAAACAUCUCUUAAUUUUUAAUGUUGUUUUUAGACGGAAUAGUAGCCCAUGCCUUUUACCCAACCGUUGGUGUGCUACACUUCGAUGCUGACGAAAAAUGGACGUUAAACCGAGACGAUGGUAUCAACUUGUACCAAGUAAGCAAAAAACAACAACUUUUUACACUGCUUCAUCAAAACUUUAAAAAUGGAACUACCAGUGCUGUAACUUUAACCUACUGUGUAAUUUCAGACAGCCCUACACGAAAUUGGCCAUCUUCUUGGCCUCGAGCACUCCACUGACUCUCGAGCAGUCAUGUUCCCCAAGAACCGACCGUUCGACCCUUCAUUCGACCUAGGCGACGAUGAUGUAAGAGGAAUCAGAAGACUGUACGCUCCACCAAAUCGACCAAUCUUGGAACCGCGAGUAUUUUCCAAAGUCACUCAAGAUCUCAAAAAGUCAUGA